GCGGGAUGACAUUCACACAGCUUUGCGACUUCCCAACUACUACAACAAGGCAAAAAAACCCCUCUCAUCCACCACAGCUCUCUGUUCUACCUCCAGGUGAGUCCAGAUGGAAUUCCUAUCCGCGAAAUCGAAUUCUACGCUUGAUUUUGGCCUAUUCCCGCGGAUUUGUGGGUGUACCACGGUCUGAGGGGAAUAUCCUCGAGCCUCCCACUUCCCAGCCGACCCAGCCCAGUCCCGCAGAGCAAAUUGCUGACCAUCCCAUCCCCCCCCAAUCCCCUCCAGCCCUUUUAGGCUUUCUCAAUAUACAAAAUGGCCGACCCCCGUGUUGAAGAGCUCCCCGAUGAGGAGGUCCCCAAGACCCAGGUUGAGGAUGCCGGCAGCUCCUCCGAGUCUGAGGCUGGCGAUGAGCCCACCAUCCCCGGUGGUGCCGCCGUCACCAUCCACUCUCGCAACGAGAAGAAGGCUCGCAAGGCCAUUGGCAAGCUCGGCCUGAAGCACGUUCCCGGCAUCACCCGUGUCACUCUCCGCAGACCCAAGAACAUCCUCUUCGUCAUCAACCAGCCCGAUGUCUACCGCUCCCCCACCAGCAACACCUGGAUCAUCUUCGGUGAGGCCAAGAUCGAGGAUCUGAACGCCAGCGCUCAGGCUUCCGCUGCCCAGCAGCUGGCUGAGGCCGCUGCCAACGAGCACGCUGGUCACGACCACGACCACGACCACGAACAUGACGACGUCCUCGGCAAGAAGGUCCCCGAGGCCGAGGCCAAGAAGGAGGAGGAGGAGGAUGACGGCGAGGCGGUCGACGAGUCCGGUCUCGAGGCCAAGGACAUUGAACUGGUUAUGGCCCAGGCUAAUGUGUCCCGCAACAAGGCCGUCAAGGCUCUGCGGGAGAACGACAACGACAUCCGUAGCGCCGCUCUCAAGAUCGACUGGACCAAGUUGACCGGCUCGCUCGGUCUCCGCGGCCAGACCGCCGCCUCUCUCCAGGCCUUCAAGAAGCGUAACGACGAUGCGCGCCGCAAGGUCCAGCUCCUGUCCGAGCAGGCUCAGACCGUCGACUUCGCCCACUACCGCGAGGUCCUGAAGAACCAGGCCAUCGUCAACCAGAUCGAGAACCACUUCAAGACCUUCAAGCCCGCCACCUACGAUGUCAGCCGCCAGCUGAAGGCCAUCGACGCUUUCGAGGCCCAGGCCAUCCAGAGCGCUGAGGAGACCAAGGGCAAGGUCGAGGCCGAGCUCCGCAACCUGGAGAAGACCCUCGAGAACAUCGAGACCGCCCGUCCCUUCGAGGACCUCACCGUUGACGAGGUUGCCGCUGCUCAGCCCGAGAUCGACGAGAAGACCGCCUCCCUUGUCUCCAAGGGCAGAUGGAUGCCGGCCGGUUACAAGGAGCGCUUCGGCGACAUGUCCGUUGUUUAAGCGGAUUGACUUUUUGUAUCUCCUACCGUCUCUCUCAUCCUUCGAUCGGUUAAUCGCACAAAGAAGUCUCCCUUUGUUGCCAAGCAUGUUGGCCAGCUAGGAUACCCUUGGUCACUGGCAGUGUGGUUGCGGUUGUCGGGUUAUGUAUAGAAACAAUGUUGAAUUUAUCAGGUUCUCUAUAUUUGGCGGGCUGCUGUUGUAUGCCACCACCCUCAACCUCUGCAUCUCGCGUCUCACAUCUCGCAUAUUGUUCUGCAUGUGUUGAGCAGUCUGUCCCCCCAUGUUAUGGUUGGAUUGCAGAGUAUAGAUAUCCAGUGUGCAAUAUUGCAACCACGU